UGUUCUGAGAAGAAUCAAACUUGUUUUGCUUCUGUGGAAAGAUAUUAAAGGUAAUGGAGAUCUUCAUCUCUGUGAUGCUAUUGUUUGCUGGUAUUGCUGUAUUGAUAGUAAUACACGUUUGUAUUGCUGGGAGAGUUCAUAGGAGACGGAAUAAUCAAGGUGAUCAUGACCAUAAUCAUACUAUGGUUACAAUCAGCACUGAGAAGAAAACAAUGUCCAACGAUGAUCUGAAAAGGCUUCCUUGCUUUGAGUACAAGGUAGCAGAAAAAGGGAAUACUAGCUCAGUUGAUUGUGCUGUGUGCCUGGAGAACUUCAAGAUGGGUGAUAAGUGCAGAUUACUGCCAAAUUGCAGACACAGCUUCCAUGUUCAGUGCAUAGAUUCAUGGGUGUUGAAGACACCAGUUUGUCCAAUCUGUCGAACUUGUGCCAAUCCUACCUCUCAAGAUGAAGUGGUUUGAAGAGAGGAAAGCAGCAUUUCGAGUUGAAUUGACAUAGAAGAAAGAAGAAAGUUCCUUUGUACAGCUCAAGUGCGUUUAUCUACUUCUGCAGCUACUGAGUUUAUUGUCCCUCAAUGUUUCAAAAUCUAUGAAAGUGGGAUUAUUGUUUAUAUUUGCCCAUUCAAACAGAAUACAUAGAACAGGUCAUGUGGUCUACU